AUGGAGCCCAGCUCUGCUGGACUGGCCAGUGCUGCAUGGUGCUGAGCAGUAAGGGCCCCAAACGAGCUCUCUUUGCCUGGCCCUUGGGCCAGCUCUGCCCUGUGCCCUUCAGGGACAGCGGAUGGCACACGACAAGUGCCUCCUGGGGCUGCUGUGACCCAAGAGGUGACACUGGCAAUGUCCCAGCAGGAUAAUUGCAGGGGCUGAUGGUGCAGCUUGGGGCUGGCCAGGAAAGGCAGGAGUCAGCAGAAGAGCCCCGUGGCAGCAGGACUGAGGUCAGGCCUUGCCCCCGCACGCAUGGCCCCAGCAUGGGCAGCUCCUACCCCGCCCCUGCGGCCACCCAUAAAAGCGCUGUGCUGGCCCAGGGCUGCAUCCACUGCUGCGGCCUCGCUCUCCUCAGCUCAAAGCCAGCCUCAUCUCUCACACGCCAAGAUGUCCUGCUACGAUCUGUGCCCACCAAGGAGCAGCUCUGAGCUGUGCCCACCCAGAACCGGCGUGGCCGUGCCCCAGCCCAUCGCUGAGAGCUGCAACGAGCUGUGCGCCCGCCAGUGCCCCGACUCGUCGGCCCUGAUCCAGCCACCACCAGUUGUGGUCACCUUCCCCGGGCCCAUCCUCAGCUCCUUCCCCCAGCAAGCCGUGGUUGGCUCCUCUGGAGUCCCGGCCUUUGGCGGCUCCCUGGGGCUGGGCGGCCUCUACGGCGCCGGCGCCACCCAGGCCUCGGGAGGCCUCUGCACCUUUGGCAGAGCCUGCGCUGCUCCUGCCUACAGCCCCUGCGCCUUGCCCCGCUACAGCAAGAAGUUCUGGGACACCUGCGGGCCCUGCUAGACUCAAGUCCAGUGCCUUUCGUAUCUGUUGGCCGUGAAGAAGUCUAGAAAUUGGUCAUCCCCAUUGCUGCCACCAUUACUCUCUACUUCAAACCUUUUCCUACACUUUGCAUUUUACUUAAUCUCCAGCUUUAUGUUUUCUUUUGUAAAUUUCUUGCGCAUAACAAUUUCAUUUUUCUUUCUUUAUCUUUGAUCUUUAUUUUUUUAUCAUUUAUAUCAACCUCAUGUCCUAUUUGCCUUUAUUUAGCUCUGCUUGUUGACAACUGAGCAAGUUAAAAAUUUUAGAUUUAUUUUUUUGAUUCUCUUUGUACCUCUGUUCUCCCCUCUCCUUCAUACUCUGAGUGUGAUUCGAAGUUGUUCCUUCAAUAAAUCUUUUAUGCAU